AUGGGGGCUAUGUAUAAAGCUAUAGAGGAAGUCAUUAUCUCGGGUAUGGGAGAAACUAUGAUUGGCCUCCACUCAGGCUACGGCAGAGGUUGGUCUGACUUCACACAGGAAGGUCUAAACACAAUGAAAUACACUCUGGCUCUUGUGCUGAUGGCUGCCAUGGUGGCUUGCGUCCUGGCAAGUCGCUAUGGAGGUUAUGGAGGCGGCUAUGGAGGAGGUUAUGGUGGCUACGGAGUUGGUUAUGGUGGCUAUGGAGGUGGUUAUUAUGGCGGCUAUGGAAGAAGCUAUGGUGGCUAUGGGAGGGGUUAUGGAGGGUAUGGUGGCUACGGAGGAGGAUAUGGUGGUUAUGGAUACGGAAAAUAAUUCCUUACUAAUAACAUAAUGAAUAAAUGUUAGAGAUAUAUAGUAUAUGAUAUACAUCACAUAAUGUUUUGACUAUAUUUCUUGACUCGAAAAUUAAAGCAACUACCUUGUUCAAAAGAACUGACUGAGAAUUGUUGUCGACUUGAGUGAUAUCAUUUUAUCAUCAACACCUUCGGAAUCGCCGACACUCAGCUCCUGGCACUUUGGUCUGUUCAGAUCGACACAGUUCAGUUGCAGUCGAGUUGAAUUUUAUAUACUUCUAUUUUCUUACUUGC